AUGACAAAUUCAGAUGAAAAUACCAUAAAACCUGACAAUAGUGUUGAUAAUAAUAAUAGUAAUAGUAAAAACAGCACCGAUAUUGAAUUUUUAGAAUCAAAAUCAGAUGAUAAUAACGAUCAAAUAAGCGAAACUAUAAAAAAAAUAGAGAAUAAUGAUGCAAAUAAUGAUGAUAAAGAAAAUAUAAAAGUGAAUGAUGCAAAUAAUGAUGAAAAAGAAGAAAAAGAAAAACAAAAAGAAAAAGAAAAAGAAAAAGAAAAAGAAAAUAUUGUAAAUGAAACCAUUACCACAGAAACUAUACAAAUAACAGAUACAAAGAAAAUUAAAGAACCAAUAAUAAUAACAACAACAACAGCAACAGCAACAACAACUAUUGAAUCAAUAGCAGUUAUUAAAAAUGAUAUUGAAGAGGAUACUUCAGAAAAACCAACAAAGAAAUUAAAAGAAACUCCAAUCAAUACAGAUGAAGAAUCAAAAACUAGUCAAAAAAUUUCAUCAAUUACAUCAGCACCAACACCAACACCAACAACCCCACUUACUAAAUCAUCAGAACCAGCACCACAACCAACAACAUCAACUACUGCCUCAACAACCACAGCCGCCACCACCACUAAUAAUAAUAAUAAUAAUAAUAAUAAUUAUAAUAAUAAUAAUAAUAAUAAUAAUAAUAAUAAUAAUAAUAAUAGAAAAGUUUUAGAGAAUGGAACAAAUAUAUAUUGUUUUUGGAGAAAUAAAUUUCAAAAAUGUGAAAUUAUUGAUAAAAGAGAAGCAGAAUCGGAAUCAGGUACAUUUGAUUAUUAUGUACAUUAUCAUUCUUCAAAUCGUCGUAUGGAUGAAUGGGUACAUGAGUCAAGAUUAGAUUUUAACCGGUUAGAGACUGAUAGUGGUGGUGGUAGUGGUGGGGGUAGUGGUAGUGGUGGUGGUGGUGGUAAUGGUAGUGGUACUGAUGGUCACCUUCAUCAUCAAAAGAGUAGUGGACAAUUAGCAGAGAUUCAAACUGAUGGUCAUAGUAGAAAAGUUACACGUCAAAUCAAAAGAAAGUAUGAGGAGAUGAAUCAUAUUCAAAAGGGAAUCGAUGAAGAUCAUUCAAAGUUAUCAGCCAUCGAGAAAGAACAUGAAGAGAUCACAAAAGUAAAGAAUAUCAAUGUGAUUGAAUUGGGUAAAUUUGAAAUUGACACUUGGUAUUUCUCCCCCUAUCCAGAGGAAUUCGCCAAGUGUGAUAAACUAUUCCUUUGCGAGUUUUGUUUAAAGUAUAUGAAAAAGAAGAAAACAUUGAAUAGACAUAAAUUGAAAUGUGAUCUUCGUCAUCCUCCAGGCAAUGAAAUUUACAGGUCAGGAAAUAUAUCAAUGUUUGAAGUCGAUGGUAAAAAGAACAAAAUCUACUGCCAGAACCUCUGUCUAUUAGCUAAACUCUUUUUGGAUCAUAAAACAUUGUAUUAUGACGUCGAGCCAUUUCUCUUUUACAUUAUGACCGAAUGCGAUCAGCGUGGGUGUCAUAUGGUUGGAUAUUUCUCCAAAGAGAAGGAUUCUCCAGAUGGUUACAAUUUAGCUUGUAUUCUCACAUUGCCACCCUACCAAAGAAAAGGUUUUGGAAAACUAUUGAUCUCCUUUAGUUAUGAACUCUCUAAAAAGGAGAGUAAAGUUGGUACACCAGAGAAACCUCUUUCAGAUUUGGGUUUGCUCUCUUUCAGAUCGUAUUGGACUCAAGUACUCUUGGAGAUUUUAAGAAAACAUAAAGGUAAUCUAUCAAUUUUAGAUAUCUCAAAUAUGACCUCAAUUAGAACUGAAGAUGUAAUUAGUACUCUACAAUCUUUAAAUUUAAUUAGAUAUUGGAAAGGUCAACAUAUCAUUUCUGUCACACCAAAAGCAAUUGAAGAACAUCUCAAAGUUUAUUCAAAACAAACAACUAGAAUAGAUCCAAAAUGUAUUCAUUGGGCACCUUUAAAUCCACCAACAACAACUAAAAAACGUUAA